CACGCAGUCAAUCUUCAGUGGCAGCUCAUCGUCAAGGCGCCAGACUCAAACAAACAGCGGAGAGGACGAAUUUACGAACAAAAGAUAGUUACGCGAGUCAGACAAGUUUCACUGACUGCAAAGGAAAGCUGAACACAUUCCUAGGCAAUUUCAUGAGGUCGGUCCUUCUCUCGCCACCAUGAAGAAGACUUCUACAUCAGCUCGAAAGACCUUUGCUCAAGAGGAAUGUGGUGUGUGGUUGGACACUACGCAGCUGAAAGGAAGAGCUAAACAGAAACGACUCGCUCGUCCCAUAUCCAAGCUGCUGAAUCCUUUCGCUGGAGGUGGCGGAUACAAUUUUGCUGUGGCACUCAACUUCACUCAGACCAAAUUGGAAAUGCCAAAGACCAAACAGAGCACCAUAUCCACUUUCUUCACAGCUCAGCGCAGAGUUCUCAAUAAGAUGUCUACUUCUGAAGAGCCAAACAUGGAUCCAGUGCUACCUCCUUCAUCAUCUGACUCAACCACAUGUGCACCUGUGACAAAACGGAGACGUGAAAUAGAUCUUGAUUUCGGUAACACUGAGCCUGGUGUUGAUCAUGAGUGGGAAAGUAAAAAUGUUCCUGAAGAAGCAGUGUAUCAGGAGCAGACAGCGAGCCAUACACCUUCUCAAAAAAUGUACUGUGAAUUUGAGGAAGAGCAAUUCAAGGAGAUCCAUCCACCACAAAGUAAGAGGAGGCUCACUGUGACCUCCUGUUUGCCGUUUGACAGUCAACCUCUUCCACAGGCGUGGAGUCAGGACCCACUGUUCACUUGUAGCCAGUAUUCUGAAGACAUCAAUGACUCUGAGCCAAGUUUCUUAAACAGCCUCCAAAGUGAGGAUGCCUUUGGUAUUCACGUGGAUGUGGAAGCGAGAACCUCAACUCAAAAAUCCUUUAAACAUUUUCAUUCCCCCCAGGGCGACGAGAAAGAAAACAGCAGCUUUUUGUCCUCUAAGUUGCCAAGAAAGCACUCAACUCUUCCUCAAACUGAACCUCUUUCAAAUCAUAAAUGGGCAAAACCAAAAACCCCAUCACCCCGAAAACAUAUUCCUGUUCACCCGUGGAAAAAGGCUGAUAAAAACGAUGACCAUGAUUCUCAGUUUAAAUGGACAAGACCGAGUUACUCUCCUCUAAAAAAACGAGAACCACAGCCAUCAUACACAGCGCCUGAUGAGGACAGUCUGGCUGUACUGUUCACCCAGGACUCUGAAGGUUUCAGGGUGAUAGCGCACAGAGGCCUGCAAAGCAGGAGUCCACUCAAAGAUCAGAGUAACAUCAGCACCGGGACAGUGAGAGCUAGUGCUUACAAAGCUUUGGUUGAGGAGGAAGAGGAAGACGAGAUGCUCUUUACGCAAGACUCUCAGGGAAAUCUGGUGAUCAAACACUGAAAGGAACCUGUUGAAACUCUGAGGUCAGUUAUUGUCUGGAUUUGGAUAAUUACACGGAUACCAUCUCUUCCUUAGAAGAGAAAAAAUCUGUGACUGUCUCCCUACCUUUUUUCAUUUGUAUAUCUUUUGUAUUUUCAUCCUUUUUUAUGUUGUCUGUGAUGUUUCAAUGUCUUGUGAGCUACAACUAUGUUUUGCAAUAACACCAACAAGCAAGCACUGAGGGUUUUGAUUUUAUUUGAAAAAUGAUACACAAUUACAUCACAUUUCUUUUUUCAUGUAAAUUAAAGGUUUUGAAAAGUA